AUGGGAAAGGUGUUGGAAACCAAAUUUUCAGAUGUGAGCCACCGUAUACUGAGGAAGCCAGUGAAAAGAGAUAAGUUUUCAGCAUCACAAUCUAGUACCAGUAAAAAUGAUGAUACAAAUCCAAAAAAGAGAAAAAUUUCAGGCAUAAAUGAUGAUGAUUCUCAUUUGCCCAACAAGUUGCAGAGAUUGUCCACAGAUAAAUUACCAGAAUCUCUGGACAUUCUCCAAACCGAAAUACAAGAUGAAAUGAAGGGAAAUGAAAUUGUUGUCAAUAAAAUAUAUGGAGAAAAGUGCUCUACUUCAGAUUAUGUUUACUUGAAAAUAGAAGACAACAGUUGUGAUCUGUUUCUGGAUGAUGAACUAAAGAAUAGUCAUGGAAACUUCAUUUUUAAAGAUUUAUAUUUUCACAUUAUGGAUGAAAUUUGCUUGGAAGGAUUGGAUGGAAUUACUAUUGAGGCUUUCUGGACAAGAUUAUUAGUAGUGUUAGAAGGAGUUCCGUCGAUAAGCGGUUUCAUGAAGGAAAACAUUUGGAAAAUAAUAAUGAGCAAGCACGAGGACCUGAAUUUCUAUGAGCUUCCUGAUCCCAGAAGGGAAUUAGAAAUUUAUGACCGCCUGAAUUUUUAUAACUGGGACAUUGGAGUAGUAAUGGAAUUGGCAUUUGAGUUACCCGACAUCUAUCCCCAUAGCGUGGUAAAUGUUCCAAACGUUCAAGGAUCAUGUGCAAAUUUCAAUGAUAGGAUGGAGGUAUCGGCAACAGUAUUAGGGAUGCACCUCAAAGACAUAGAGAAAACGUACGGCAAUAAACUGGCGAUCGUAGCUCAGCAACAAUUGAGGACCCUCGCCCUUGCAGGCGAAUUCCCAGAUCCACAAAUCGAAAUGGCGAACAUCCAAUAUUGUAUCCUGGAGAGAAUAGGCAGAUCUAGAAAAUUGGGGGAAAUCACCCAAGGCAACAUGUCUUUGACUUCCGCAUUAAAGAUGGACUCGAAGUCUGUCUUCCACUAUAGGAGACAGCUUUACUUGAACGGGCACAUAUCCAAGCAGUUUUUCUACGUCAAAUCUGCACUUACAGACCAGAACAAAUCGGGCAAAUUACUGCACCUGCGCAGGUUCUUCAACUUUUCGAAGACGAGAUACAUGAUGGUAGCGGACAAGGCUAUAAACAUUAUGAAGAAACAGCCUGGAUGUAUGAUGGAGGUGGGGAAAUUGAAGAGGAUGAUCGAGAGCACUGGUUCGCUGGUCGGUAAACUGUUCAAGACUGCGGAAUUUCGUAAAUAUGUGAAAACAGAUUCUUUUUAUCCAUACAGAUUCGUGUAUCCUUAUGCGAAAAAAUCGGAAUAUUUGAGAAAAUCCACCCGGACCGAAAAAAUGUUGAGAUGUUACGAAUUGAAGAACCCUCAUAUCAACAUAAUAGCCACGUGGAGUCAUGAUAAUGACGAUUCCGAUGAAGACGAAGAAGAGGAGGAAGACAAGAUGAUCGGAAGCACGUUCAACAACAUGGAAUUUUUGAAGGAACUUUAUUACCACAUAUAUUCGAAGGGUGCCGCAGGAUGUUCUCUAUUCGAACUGAACAAAAUGGUUGGAGUCGAUAGGAACUCGUGUCGAAUGGCCCUUAAAAAAUUGACAUCCAAAGGUGUCAUAGGUGCUGAGAAAGUCGACAUAGGAAGACAACGGUCCAUGGUCUACAAAGCAAAAAGUUUGCAAAAGAGUGAACAAGUGGAUUCGCAACCAGUUGAAAGUUCUUCACACUUCACUUCUAGUAUAACAGCAAAAAUGAUUGAAAGGCAACGAGCUGCUAUAUUGAAAAACAAACAAAUCAAAGCAGAAGUUGGAGAUGAAAAGCAAAUUUCUUCGCUUAAUCAACUGGAAACACGACUACCUAAAAUGACUCCCAGGCUUAUCAAAGUACAAGCACCGCAAAUAAUGACUUGCCCAUUUUUAAUUCCGAAUUUCACACGACAACUCGAUCUAAAACAUGAGGCAACGCAGUUGAAUCUCAGUUUCCCAAGAGAUUACAUCAACCUAACCUACAAAUUAUUCUCUACCAUUGGACGCUUCGACAUCAACAAAAUCCUCAAGGAAAUAAUUCCAUCGAACCUGAAACCAGCCACUUUUACAAACUUUGAAGAUUUCUAUUCCUCCAAAAUGGAAUACGAUCCUAUAACGAAAAUAAUCCUACUGAAGGCAAUGUUUAGGGAAAUCACCGUGAAAGGCACCACGGCCUUGAAAAGCAGCACGCGCAACCUGCCCUGCCGCAUCGCCAUCCCGAAGUCGAAGCGAUCCAUGACGUCAUCAGAGGUUAUGGGCGACCACCCGGUGCGAGUGUUCCACAAGCAAGAGAACGACGUGACCACGGAGAUCGUCGAGUCUACAGCCCCAUCGAGAGCGCAGGCGUCGGAGGGAGGUCCUCCCCAGAUGGAUUUCAUUUCGGAUAGAGUGGCGAGCAGGACGCGUUUGGUGAUCGAUGAGGUCCACAAGAGGAGGGUGUUCGAGGAGCCGCACAAGUUGUUGAGAAUCAUCCAGGAGGAGGAGAAGAAUGAGGGUUACGAAAAAAAGAUGGACAAAAAAUCGUUGAACAGAAUACUGAGAAGACUGGUCGAAGAAGGUUACAUUAAAAUAUACAGAAUAAACAUCUUUGACAGCAACAUAACGAAAUCUCUCUCGUUCAUAUGUCAUCCAUCCAUAAGUCAUACUGAGGACCAGAUCCAGUCUGCCUGCCAGCAAAUGAAAUGGAAAUAUUUCAUAGGUUCGGUGAAGAAGACCGUGAAGCUGAACGUACCUGUGGUGAUAAAGAAAGUGGAAGAGAAAAUGAAAGACUCGCCUUUUUCCGAAUCGGACGUCAUGAACAGCAUAGAAGAAAUGAAGCGCUUGGAGAAGCUAAAGGUGGUCGAGUUGAGAAACAGGUACGCUAAGAAUGCAAGCGUGACCCACGGCGUGAAGCCGAAGUUCAUCCGCAUGCGCAUUGUGCACGAGUUCCUGUUCUAUCUGGUGUACGAGCAGCGGCAGGAGGGGGUGGGGGAAGAACCUGUUCCGAAACGGGAGGUGGAAAAACUGUUCAAGGGCUACGGUAUCGAGAUAACGCAGGAGGAACUGGAGAAUCUACCGGCGGUGUACUGCAAAGAAAUCAGCUGGAAGAUGUUCAUACCGCCUUUGCCGCACCACAAAAGCUGGUCGGAGGGAUGGGCGCUGAUGUGCGACGUCAUCCUCCGGUUGCCCGUUUCAGUUCUUUGCAAGGUGCACAGCUGCAGCUUCCACUUGCCCGAGCUCACCGAGACCCUGCGGCAUCCCAUCAAAAGGUUCUAUUUAGUGAAAGAUCUGUCCGAGUCCAUCCGAAGUGUCACUUUGUUCAAGAGGAGGUAUCUCUUCAGCAUCCAUGAUUCCAUCACCAGGCUGGCCUACUGCGGCCUUGUGCAGUACGGCCCAAAAAAAUACAAGGAAAAAGACCAGUUCUUCAUCUAUUUGAACAGGAAAGCUUCGUUGUUUGAUACUACGAGCAGUCGGCCCUCGUAUAAUUUGAUUGAAGACAAGAUGUAUCCCAGGAUGUCGUUCAAUUUCAGGAGUCAGACCGAUUUGGAGAACUAUUGGUACAAUUUGUACGGCAUAUGUAUGAAUACAAAACUGAACGCCAGGAAAGAAGGACAGGUGGUAGUAUUGACCGAGAUUUCUGCUAAACCUGAACUGGAAAGAGCUAUGAAAUCCAGGACUUGUGAGGAGGCAAUAGCGAACGAUAAUGGAGACAUACCGGGCGACAAAAAAGGCGCAGCCUGUUUGGAUUCGGCCCUUUGGUCGCACAUGAAGCGAAACUGGUUUUGGGCGUCCAAAGUGCCCAGUAUCGAUAGUGCCUCGAUGGGCUUGAAGAAGGAAAGAAUGAAUAAGGUACUUCCAAAAGAAGUCCCAUUCAAGAACUUGGUCAACAAACCCAGCAAGAUCUUCCUGCACAAACCGCCCAAGGAUGUCCCACCGCCGAAGAAGCCCAAAAAGAUGAAACCCAAGCCGUUAAAACCAAGCAAAACAUUCAACCGGUUGACCAGAAAAAUACCAGAGAGAAAAACCACCGUCCGCAGACAGUAUUACGACAGCAUCGACAAGAUGAUUUUGAAGAAAAUCGGCACUAACCGGAGAGUGAGAUGGACUGCUGAGGAAGACAAGGCGUUGGUGUUGUGCAAGAUUGCCGAUUUGUUUUUGCAGAACGACAAGUACAAGAAGCAAAUCGUGCCUUACUGUGUAGUCCGAGAUGUUCUACAUAGGGUGUGUCCGGUGAGCAAAGGGAAGACGUCUAGGGCUGUUCAGAGGCGACUGAAAACCUUGCAUAAAGAGAGUUCCAUAUCGUUUUCCGAAUUGUACCAGAAUCUACUGCAAGUGCGACCUAUUUUCGAGUAUUACUCGAUAUUGGUCGAUAAAAUUUGGAAAGGCAACGAUGGACAAGAGUCGAUGCGGUUCAAUGAAACACAAAUCACGAACGUGUUCGUCAUCCUGAUGUCAUACGUACUCCGGCAUCAAGAUGAAGUUUUUGCAGUUUUACAAGGAAAUGUGAUCGAUAUCGAUCAUUUGUCGGAAAAUAAUUUGAAAUACACCGAGCAAGUUAUGGUCCCACAAGAAAAAUCGUCUCUCAAGUUCAAAGAUGCGACGAGUGAAGAUGAGAUCAAGGUGGAUGUAUUGAAAUCGGUUAUACACAGUUCCGUUGUGUGCGGAAAUAAUGCAACCAAAGCCUUGCAGUUACUGAGAGUGUACCAAAGGUACCCCGAUCAUUUAAUCAGAAAGGCCGUGGAUGAAUUGCGAAAAUCCAACACCAUAACGUACAACAAGUUCAGCAGCAAGCGAGACAAGCUCUGGCAGGGACCUUACCAUCUCUCCCAGCUGUAUAUUUUCUACCAAUUCACUACGUACAACAUCACCACAGGGGUAGAGAGUUACAGGACUUUUUUGGCACUGAGACCGAAUUCGGAGUCGCGUAGCUCUCUGGAUUUCUCUGAAGAGGGCGUAUCUCGAAAGCGUUACGGCCAACUGUUGGGCAUGAACGAGUUCUUCACUUUUUGGAACAAUGUCUCGUUCCAUUUCGACCUGCCGCAGAACAUGAUCAUCCUGAAUCCCGAUAUGGCGAAUCGGGACGAGCUGGUGGCCGAGCUGGCCAGACGGUACCAGGCGAAGAUGCGCAAGGCGCACCAGGAAGGGGUGGAGGGCGAAGAGGGGGAGGCUGAUGUCGGAGCGGACAGAAAUACCUCCUCUUCGAUCGUCCGACCUCCCGACGCCGACGAUGCGCAAACCGACGCCUUAGAUGACGCUCCCAGCGACCUCGAGACCAUCGAACGCCUGCGCACGUGGGUGUCCGAUUGCAUAGCAGUGGAAAGGGGCAGGAGGAGUCCCAGUCCGGAUUUCGCCAAGGAUAGGCCGAGCGAGGAGGGGAGGGAAAGAAAGUUUGCGAAUUUGGGGGUGGAGGAAGAUAGGCCGGCCAGACGGACAGCCAAGGAGCGGGAGCUUACGCUGGAAGGAAUAAGGGACGGUGAGAGGGUAUCCGAUAGCAUAGCGGAGGAAAGGGGCAGGAGGAGUCCCAGUCCGGAUUUCGCAAAAUCGGAUUCUCUGAGGAAGAAGGGGAGGGAAAGAGAGUUGGAGAAUUUGGAGGUGGGGGAGAAUCAGACGGCUAGGAAAGCUGAGAAGGAGCGGGUGCUCACGGUGGAAGAGAUAAGGGAAGAAAUGCUGAAAGUGCCCGUCCCCAACGAAGACCGCCUCGUGCCGUACAUUACCGAGCUGAGCGACCUGCUCAGCAACAAGGAGCUCAGCGCUGACCUGGCCUCCGACGAGAAGACCUUGAAGCGGCUCAGAAAGCACUUUGUCGCCCAGUACGUGCAAUUGGCGAAGGUGGAUAUGGAGGAUUUGGACCUUUUAGUCGAGCAUCACAUGGUGCAUUAUUUGGAGAAUGCUAUAUCAGCGAAAAAAAUGUGGGAGAAAAUUCAGAGUGAUCCUUUGGUCGAUAUGGUGGUACCUUUAACAGAAGUGACGGAUCUUUUGAAAGAGCAGGGCGGUCAAAAAGAAGAUGUCGAUUUGAUGAUGGCCAUCGUUGAUUUCGUUGCCGAGAAAGGAUUUCUUGGAGCCACUGGGCAGCAGUUGAAGGAUCGGUUUUAUGUUGCCGAAAAAACGAGACUCCCCCUGUCGGACAUCGUGAAAGUCCUCGUGGACUGCGGCGUUUUGCUGCAGGCAGGCAUCGGCUCGAUACGGUUCGUGCAUCACCGUUACCGGCUGGUCUGGCUAGUCGAGACCUACGAGGUGACCGAGGACGAGCCGACGCUAUCGCUGGAUACGACAAUAUCCGAGAAACCGGAUGCCAUCGGGAAUCAACUGGAGCAGAAGCAAAUAAUGAGGCUACAAAUAUCCCCUUGGUACAAAAUAAAUGGUAAACUCAACAAAGAGUGUUUCAAGACGUGGAUAUGCUGUAUACUGUCAUAUUGUCUGGAUAGUCCGGGAAUAACCUUACUCAGAUUGUGCGAAAAAUUCUUUUAUUUGAAACCAGUUGACGUAUAUUAUCUCCUCGUGAUUCUGCAAGAGCUUGGGAGCUUGGAAAUUAUGUGUUUCGAUCACAAAACAGAAUAUUUAUCCUCAAAAUGGCAGCCAACUACACAGCGGCGUGCCACAUUCCUGGAUAACUUCAACGACAUGUCAAUAUCACCUUCCAACGUGUCGAUGACAUGUUUGGGAUCAUUUUUAUAUCAUGAUCAAGUCUCGGAAGUACCCCUUAUAUAG